CCAGGAUUUCUUCUUGACGCUUCUACAAUCUUCUCUUUCCAUAUUAAACAAAACUACCUUCUACGACCUUCACUUUGCCGCUUCUCCAAGCUUUCAAGAAAACCCUUCUCCUCCGCGCUCUCUCUGCAAUUUUCGUCUCCGCAAUGGCCUCAAGACGGCUAUCGAGGUCCGCCUUGAAUGCCAUUAGAGCCUCAAGAGGAGCGUCGAGGCUCUCUCUCCAUCGUGCCCGAGCAAUCUGUGGCUUGGCUCAUGCUUUGAACAAUUCCGCCGUCAAUUCUGUGCUUCGGCCUCCGUUUUUCGACCGAAUUGCAGAGAACAAUGCCGCACCUCACUCAACCGUUCUCUAUCGCAGCUUUCACUCUUCCCCUCCUCGUUUUUCCUUCGCAGCUGGUGCCUCACAGGAUCAUCUGUCAGAGUACACUGAGAUGGCAUGGGAGGGCAUUAAUGCGGCUGUUCAGGCAGCAAUGAUGAACAGACAGCAAAUUGUAGAAUCUGAACAUUUAAUGAAAGCCCUUUUGGAGCAAAAGGAUGGAUUGGCUAGAAGAAUAUUCACAAAGGCAGGGCUUGACAACACAACGGUUCUGCAGGCAACAGAUGACUUUAUAUCAAAGCAGUCCAAUAUCACAGGUGACACCAGUGGUCCUGGAUUAGGGUCAUAUCUUAGCAUCCUCUUGGACAAUGCUCGAAAACAUAAGAAGGAAAUGGGUGAUGAUUUUGUUUCAGUAGAGCACCUUGUUCUAGCAUUUCUUUCAGAUAAAAGGUUUGGGGAGCAGUUGUUCAAGAACCUCCAGCUCAGUGAGAGAGCUUUGAAGGAUGCUGUCAAAGCUAUUCGUGGAAGUCAGCGAGUAACUGAUCAAACUGUACUAAAGGAAGUUACUGCUUCAAAUGGGCAGAUUAUUUUGUUCAUUGACGAGAUCCACACUGUAGUGGGUGCAGGGGCUGUGAGUGGUGCAAUGGAUGCUGGAAAUUUGUUGAAGCCAAUGCUAGGGCGAGGUGAACUUCGAUGCAUCGGAGCAACAACAUUGAACGAAUAUAGGAAGUAUAUUGAGAAAGAUCCUGCACUUGAGCGUAGGUUCCAACAAGUGUAUUGUGGUCAACCCUCUGUUGAAGACACAAUAUCUAUUCUCCGUGGAUUGCGUGAACGGUAUGAGCUUCAUCAUGGUGUUAAAAUAUCAGACAGUGCGCUGGUUUCAGCAGCAGUCCUUGCAGAUAGAUAUAUCACAGAACGGUUUCUUCCGGACAAAGCCAUUGAUCUUGUUGAUGAAGCGGCUGCAAAGCUGAAAAUGGAGAUCACUUCCAAGCCAACAGAGUUGGAUGAGAUAGACAGAGCUGUGAUGAAGUUGGAAAUGGAGAAGCUGUCCCUGAAAAAUGACUCUGAUAAAGCAUCUAAAGAACGGUUGAGCAAGCUGGAAAAUGAUUUGAGCUUACUUAAACAGAAGCAGAAAGAAUUAACUGAACAGUGGGAUCGUGAGAAGGUUCUAAUGACUCGGAUCCGAUCAAUAAAAGAAGAGAUUGAUAGAGUUAAUCUAGAAAUGGACGCUGCUGAGCGUGAGUAUAACCUAAAUCGUGCUGCUGAGCUCAAGUAUGGUACUUUAAUUUCCCUUCAACGUCAGUUAGAAGAAGCUGAGAAGAACCUUUAUGACUUCCAAAAUUCUGGAAAAUCCUUGCUUCUAGAAGAAGUCACUGAUGUAGAUAUUGCUGAAAUUGUCAGCGAAUGGACUGGUAUACCGUUGUCAAACCUUCAGCAGUCAGAAAGGGACAAACUGGUAAUGCUGGAAGAGGUGCUCCAUAAGAGAGUAGUUGGUCAAGAUAUUGCAGUAAAAUCAGUGGCUGACGCAAUCCGACGUUCAAGGGCAGGAUUGUCUGACCCAAAUCGACCAAUAGCUAGCUUCAUGUUCAUGGGCCCUACUGGUGUUGGUAAAACUGAGCUUGCAAAGGCUUUAGCUGGUUAUCUCUUUAAUACGGAGAAUGCUCUUGUCAGAAUUGAUAUGAGUGAGUACAUGGAAAAGCAUGCAGUCUCACGCUUGGUUGGGGCCCCACCAGGUUAUGUUGGUUAUGAAGAAGGUGGGCAACUCACUGAGGUAGUUCGUCGAAGACCGUAUUCAGUGGUACUCUUUGAUGAAAUUGAGAAGGCUCAUCCAGAUGUAUUUAAUAUUUUAUUACAGUUGUUGGAUGAUGGAAGGAUAACUGAUUCUCAAGGACGAACUGUCAGUUUUACAAAUUGUGUAGUAAUUAUGACUUCAAAUAUCGGUUCUCACUAUAUUCUUGAAACUCUUCGAAAUACACAAGAUAGCAAGGAGGCUGUUUAUGAGGUGAUGAAAGGACAGGUUGUAGAGUUGGCCAGACAGACUUUCCGUCCAGAAUUUAUGAAUCGUAUUGAUGAGUAUAUUGUUUUCCAGCCUCUGGACUCCAAAGAAAUCAGUAAAAUUGUUGAGAUACAGGUGAGUAAUCUUUACCUACCCUUUAUUUAUUUAUUCACUUAUAAGUUGAACCGGGUGAAAGACAGGCUCAAACAAAAGAAAAUUGAUCUUCAUUUUACAAAAGAGGCUGUUCAACUUCUGGGGACUUUGGGUUUUGAUCCCAACUUUGGAGCAAGGCCGGUUAAGAGAGUGAUCCAGCAAAUGGUUGAGAAUGAAAUUGCAGUGGGAGUUUUGAGAGGAGAUUUUAAGGAGGAAGACUCCCUCCUUGUUGAUGUUGAGGCGUCACCUUCAUCUAAAGACCUCACUCCCCACAACAUAUUGCGGAUCAAGAAAUUAGAGAACAGUUCUCCAUCCGAUGCCAUGGUAGCAAAUAACUGACAUUGCAUUUUGGGGCUGUCACUUGUACGUAUGGGUCAUAAUUAAUGCUUGUCUGGUUAUUUUGUUAUCGAUGAUAGAUAAUUUCCUUCCAGGAAUUUCCUCAGAAAAGACAUUGUUAGUGCUCGUGGGAAAACAACUCAACUUCUCAAGGUACAUUUCUAGUAAUAACAUAGUUACCAUUUUGUUUCAUUUGUAAAUACCUCUGCUAAAACAUACAGCAAGUUUCUGGUCUCUGAAAUACUUGAAGAGUUUCUGUCAUCAUUCCUCCUUUCUUUUUCUUUUUUUCUUUGCCAUACAGGGAUCUAUUUGUAGUAUGUUUUAAAAAAGAGAAAACAUGUAU